AUGGACAACAUUGGGCUCAACCUACUAGCCCAGGCUGCCCUGGGCUCUGGAGCAUCUGUGCUUGGAUCUGCGUUGGGAGUACUGAAGGGUGGCACCAUCCUGUCGGGGUGCCCUGCCUCUGUCUUGGCUGUUUGCCCCAUUGGAGCCAAGGCUGCUGUUGCUGUGCUUGGGGGAGCCAUGACUGUAGCUGCAGUGCCUCCCGUGCUGAGUGCUGUGGGCUUCACUGGGACAGGAAUCGCUGCCUCCUCCCUAGCUGCCAAGAUGAUGUCCUUGUCAGCUAUUGCUAAUGGAGGCGGAGUUGCAUCUGGUAGCCUGGUGGCCACUCUGCAGUCAGUGGGAGCGGCAGGACUCUCCAUGUCAUCCAAAUUCCUCUUGGGCUCUGCAGGAUCUGCUCUGGUGACCAGUGUGAUGAGCAUCUGAGACUUGGAGGCCUUCUCUGCCCAGAGAAGGGGACAGGGAAGUGGAGGUGACACCUCCCAGCUUGGCCAACCCCAGAGAGGGAUCAAUUAACCCCAUGGACAGUCUGCCAACGCCAAAUGCCUAAUUGGAAAUAAGAAAUAAAAUCAAUUGCUGCUGCCUAGCUUA